GCGAGCACCAGACGGAUCCGAUGAGACGCGCGUCACGAACCCGCAGAGAUGCUGAAGCAGCCGCGAUAAUUAAGGGACAUUUACAAAAACACGGCGUUGUUUGUGCAUAUAUCAGAGAAAAGAUAUCUCUCGCCGACCUCAUGGAUGAACACACCGCAUAUAUACACCAUCUGACGUCUUCGCGGAUUUUAAAGCGCAUUUUGUGAGAUUUAUAAACCACACCCGGCGCUGUGGUUUAUAAGUGGAUUGAGUGGGCACCACACGGCUCCAAUGCCAGACCCAGACCCCUGUCUCUGGCGUUAGGUGACGAGCUCGACCACAGACAGGAUGAGCGCAGGGCAGGAGCAGACGGACAUCCUGUCAGCAGGCAUUCUAGUGAAGGAACGAUGGAAAGUACUGAAAAAAAUUGGCGGUGGCGGUUUUGGCGAGAUCUACGAGGCUCUGGACCUGAUCAACUGCAUCAGUGUGGCUCUGAAAGCAGAGUCCGCUCAACAACCCAAACAGGUUCUGAAGAUGGAGGUGGCGGUGCUGAAGAAACUACAAGGAAAAGAUCACGUUUGUCAGUUUGUUGGAUGUGGCCGCAACGAUCGCUUUAACUAUGUUGUCAUGGAGCUUCAGGGCCGUAAUUUAGCCGAUCUGAGGAGGAGCAUGAACCGGGGCACUUUCACAGUCAGCGCUACACUAAGACUGGGUCUGCAGAUCCUGGAGGCCAUUGAGAGCAUCCACUCAGUUGGCUUUUUACACCGUGACAUCAAACCGUCCAACUUUGCCAUGGGCCGAUUUCCUAGCACAUGUCGAACUUGCUACAUGUUAGAUUUUGGUUUGGCGCGCCAAUUUACAAACUCCUGCCAAGAAGUCAGACCGCCCCGUCCUGUUGCAGGGUUUAGGGGUACAGUACGAUACGCCUCAGUCAAUGCCCAUAAGAACAAGGAAAUGGGAAGACAUGAUGACUUGUGGUCUUUGUUCUACAUGCUGGUGGAGUUCUUGGUUGGGCAGCUCCCCUGGAGGAAGAUAAAAGACAAGGAGCAAGUGGGGAAGUUAAAAGAGACAUACGAUCAUCGGCUCAUGUUGAAACACCUGCCCCCAGAAUUCAGUUUUUUUCUGGAGCACAUCAGCAAUUUGGACUACUUUACCAAACCUGACUACCAGCUUCUGAGGACUGUUUUUGAGAAUAGCAUGAGAACCUACAAUGUAGUGGAAAAUGACCCAUAUGAUUGGGAAAAGAUGAGCUCAGAUAGCCCACUGACAAUCACCGCUGCAGCAAACACGCCACAGCACCAUACGCGCCUCACACCAGCUCAGAUGGGCAUUGUGAAUGCCUCACUGCUGCCUGGAGAUCUGAAGGAGAACACAGAUGAAGUUCUGCAAGAUGAGCAGCUCAGUGAUGGGGACAAUGCUCGGCCCGAGAACCUGAUUGGAUCUCCGAACCUUCCUCUCAGGAACCAGGAGACUGAUGUCUGGGAGGACCUGGACCGCAACCGGAACCAAAUUUGUCCUGCUGUCUGGAAGAUGGGAACAGAUGAUGAGCAUAGCAACCAAGGCAAUCAAAGCCCCCAUGCCGGGCCUAGCAUUGGCUCACCAGUGCGAAUCCGGUCAGAGGUGGUACCCUCAGAUAGAGACACUCCUCUUCUGAGGAAACUGCGCAACAUCCAUAGCUUUGAGCUGGAGAAGAGACUAACUUUGGAGCCCAAACCCAACACUGAGCGGUUUGUAGAGGCCUGUUCUGGCAAGCAGCCACCUGGUACAGUACAGGAAUGGGACGCUGAUGGCGUCCCUGGCAUGGCCAUGUUGAACGGAUGUCGCACAGAGCGAGUUUGGCACUAUGACGAUGAAAUCCGCUCUGGUGGUGGCUCGCCCAAGCCUGCUUCACCGGGAUCUCCUGAGCAGGGCAACGGUACAGCUAAUAGUGGCUUUGUUGCUCUAAACCUGAGCUCAGGCCUACAAGAUGUUGAGUUGCAUGAUUGGGUGAUGGUAGAGAAAGGCUCUGACCUGCCGGACUUCAAAGAGGCAGCAGGAAGUAGCCCAGGUCUCAAACUCACUAGUAGCCCAUCUGAUGAGUGUGAAGAGGAGCCAGAAAUUUUGCAGCCAAUGGAUGAAUCACCAGAUAAAGAAUCCACUCCUAGUCCCGUACAUGGAGGUGCCCACACACCUCACACAGUCCAGGGCCCACAAAGGAUGGAUGGGUUGGAGCUCAGUGUAUUUCCCACUGCUGGUGGACCUCCUGUUACCCCCACCAGCCCUGGUGAGGCACUGGCUGAAGGAGCACUCACACAGCUGCCCACCUCUCCUGCAUCCCAACCUGAGGAGCUUGUUGCAAGGACGUGCAGCCCCCUGCUCCUGCGCUCCCCUAGCCCGCUCACCCUCCUGACCUCCCUGUCGGACCCCCUCCACCAGCGCGCCCCGCCUGGGAUGUGGCGCAGCCAAUCUGCAGACCACCAACAACACCCAUCCUCUUCCACCUCCUCGUGCCACGCCUCGCUGCCACUACCUUCUAAACCCUGUUCUGCCCAUUCGCCUGGACGCAGGAAACUUCCUGCCAUUCCAGCGACUGCUGCAAACACCAAGUUCCCCUCAGUCAUACGAAUCACCCGCGCUCAGCUUCAGCAGCUGACAGCUCAGCGCCCCUCUGUGCUGUCCUCCCAGUCUGCAUCUGACAGUGUUCCACUGCAGAGACGUGAUACUGAAAAUGGUAACAAUGAGAUGCAUCCACAUGACAACACAGCUGACAUCAACUCCCCACAGGAGCAAGUUGCCUUCCAGCCCACCAGUCCCUCUAAUGUUGAGGGGGAUCCUUUGCUAAAUGGGAAUGGCCCUCUGAAACCUUCAAGCCCAGUGCCAAACCUGGUCCCAUCUCCAUGCACACCUCCCUCUCAGCGUAGCCCAGUUCUCAUGAAUGACUGUCUAACACCUCCUUCAGACACACAAAGACAUGGCAACGAGCAGCCUCCAAAGCUAAAAGACCCCAAGAGGGAGUCUCCCAUCAUUAAACGCUCUGUCGAACACAACCAGUGUACUCUGGAGGAGGGAAAGGAAGAUGCUCCUUCCAGAAACGGCACUUCUUCUCCAGUUUCUGCUCCCAAACAAGACCCCAGUCGUCGGCACAGCCGUAUCCCAGUGUUAGAACCAUCUAGCCUUCUGGAUCCACCAACUGGAUCUGCUAAAGAGAAGUUGCUGCAGAGGAGGGUUCACCACAUUCCAAUUUCACCCUCCGGUUCCCCAUCAUUAUCCUCUGACAGGCGUGUCAUUGUGGCUGCUAUGCAGCGGGACCAGAUUUCUUCUGUCUCUUCUGAACGCUCUCAAGAUGAAGAAUCACUUCUGGGUUCUCAUUCUGAUCAUCAUGGAGAUGAUGCUCCUUCACUGUCCUCAUCCUCUAGUCCACUUUUACGGAAGAGCAAGAUACCACGCCCAAUCACACCCACAACGAGCGGGGAAGCCGUUACUGAACACUUCAUGCCUCGUCCACCAUCAGGAAAACCUCCUAGCCGCUCCACUAUGGAUGGAAGACUAAGGCGGUACAGGAUUCGUGCCGGCAGCACCAGUGACUCAGAUCUGCUGACCUGUCUGGCCCAGCUAAUGCACACCAGGUCGCUCCGUGACUCUCCACACCCCAGCUGCUCCUCUCCCCCGCACAUAAGCACCAGGCACGUGUUCGGCGGUCCCACCGCUGCUCACCACCUCCACCAGCGCAGCUCUAGCGCCUCCCCCCGCAGCUCCUCCUCACUACAGCGCCGCUCUCAUCCUCGCACGCAGGAAGGAUGCUGUGGGAGACAGGCCCAUUCUGUCACCGUACACAUCCAGCGGGGCAAAGCCGGCAUCCGUGAGGUCAGGUGCUCAAACAAGCUGAGCAGAUAGUCAACCACAGGUUUCAGACACUAGUGGAAGAUGUGAACGUGUGAAAUUGUGAAAGAGUGAAACUUUCCACAAUAGCUAACAAAAUAUGAUUCUCAUUCCUUCGCACAUCAGCAGCUCCAUUGCUUUCUCUACAUCAGUAGCCUAAAUUUUAUCACGCUGGCUUUUGGGAACACCAAAGUCACUUUUAGAACUUGGGAGGUUAUACAUGAAGGUGAUUAGCUGGAUCGUUAGUACUUUAUAGUUUCUUUACUUAC